GCCAGCCGCUGCCGCCCUCUCACCCGCCCCUUUCUCCGCACUUACUCCGCGCUCCCGGCUUUGGGGACUGCUUGCGUGUGGGGUCCUCAUCUCAAAGUUUCGAGCGGCAGUGCCUGCAUGCUGGACCCUAGGGCUGACUUUGCGAGGAAGGAGUUCGAGGCAGUCAGGGAGCGUCUGAGACCCAAGUGCUGCCCGUCCCCUUCCCCGCCGAGGCCCCGCGACCUCUGCCAAGUUGGACAGAGGCGGUGACCAAGGCGCUCUCGGGGCCUCCACCCUCCGUCUCCCAGGGGGUCGGGCAGCGGUCGGUUUGUUUGCUCGGGCUGCGGGCGUUGCGCGAGGCAACCCCGGAGCCAAGUGUCAGCCACAGACGAGUGUCAGGUGUGGGAGACUGCGUGCCCCCCUUCCACUGGGUUGGCUGUGAGCCGCUACUGGUUAGACAGUCUGGGUUUCUCUUUCAGGACGUCUUUUUCAAAAUGCACAAUAGUGCCUCCGCCUCGUUAAGUGCCGUAGGAAGACUGCAGUGUCUAGACUGAUGCGUCUUGAGCAUCACCGUUAUUCCUACUAAAGUCCCGUAUUCUUGAGCAUAUUUAUAAAGAUGCCUUAGAAAAAGAACCAUGGAUAAGUAUGUUAAACUGAGGAAGAUUGGAGAAGGUUCAUUUGGGAAAGCUGUUCUUGUUAAAUCUGUAGAAGAUGGCAAACAAUAUGUUAUCAAAGAAAUUAAUAUCUCAAGAAUGUCCAGUAAAGAAAGGAAAGAAUCAAGGAGAGAAGUUGCAAUGUUGGCAAAUAUGAAGCAUCCAAAUAUUGUCCAAUACAGAGAAUCAUUUGAAGAAAAUGGUUCUCUGUACAUAGUGAUGGAUUACUGUGAAGGAGGGGAUCUGUUUAAACGAAUAAAUGCUCAGAGAGGAAAUUUAUUUCAAGAGGAUCAAAUUUUAGACUGGUUUGUACAGAUAUGUCUGGCCCUGAAACACGUACAUGAUAGAAAAAUUCUUCAUCGAGACAUAAAAUCACAGAAUAUAUUUUUAACCAAAGAUGGGACAGUGCAACUUGGAGAUUUUGGAAUUGCUAGAGUUCUUAAUAGUACUGUAGAGUUGGCUCGAACUUGCAUAGGGACUCCAUACUACUUAUCUCCUGAAAUCUGUGAAAACAAGCCUUAUAAUAAUAAAAGUGAUAUUUGGGCUCUGGGAUGUGUCCUUUAUGAGAUGUGUACACUUAAACAUGCAUUUGAAGCUGGCAAUAUGAAAAACUUGGUACUGAAGAUAAUAUCUGGAUCUUUUCCUCCUGUGUCAUUGCAUUAUUCCUAUGAUCUCCGCAGUUUGCUGUCUCAGUUAUUUAAAAGAAAUCCUAGGGAUAGACCAUCAGUCAACUCCAUAUUGGAGAAAGGUUUUAUAGCCAAACGCAUUGAAAAGUUUCUCCCACCUCAGCUUAUUGCAGAAGAAUUUUGUCUAAAAACAUUUACAAAGUGUGGAGCACAGGCUUUACCAUCAAAGAGACCAGCUUCAGGACAAAGCUUGGCUGCUGUUUCACCUGCACAGAAAAUUACAAAACCAGCUGCUAAAUAUGGAGUACCUUUAACAUUUAAGAAACAUGGAGAUAAAAAAAUUCUUGAAAAGAAACCACUCCAGAAGUACAAACAGACCCAUCAAACUGCAGUAAAGAAAGUUAAUCCUGGAGAAGAAAGGAAGAAAAUGUCUGAGGAAGUCCCAAGAAAAACGAGGUUGGAAUUUCUUGAAAAAAAGCACAAAGAUCAGAUUAGUCUGAUGAAGCUUGAACAAAUGAAAAGGCAAGAAAAGCAAAGGUUGGAGAAAAUAAAUAGGGCCAGGGAACAAGGAUGGAGGAAUGUGCUCAGUACUGGUGGAAGUGGUGAAGUGAAGGCUCCCUUCUUUGGCUGUGGAGGGGCUGUAGUUCCAUCAUCUUACUCUUCUCGAGGACAGUAUGAACAUUACCAUGCCAUUUUUGACCAACUGGAACAACAAAGAGCAGAAGAUAAUGAGGCUAGAUGGAAAGGAGAAACACAUGGUCUUCCGGAAAGAGGAAUUACACCUGGAGUUUGUCCAGGAUUUCCUAAUGGGGCUGCAGGUCAUCACCAUUUCCCUGAUCCUGAAGCUCUUAGAAAAACUUUGAAAAGAUUGAAGGCUGUGUCUAAACAAGCGAGUGCAAACAGGCAAAAAGGACAACUGCAUAUAGAAAGAGCUAAACAAGUAGAAGAAUUCCUACAGCGGAAACAGGAAGCUCUGCAGAAUAAAGCUCGUGCUGAAGGACAUACGGGCAUCCUGCAAAACCUGGCAGCUAUGUAUGGAGGCAGGUCCAGCUCUUCAAGAGGAGGGCAGCCCAGAAACGAAGAGGAAGAGGUUUAUCUGGCACGACUGAAGCAGAUAAGACUACAAAAUUUCAAUGAACGCCAACAGAUUAAAGCCAAACUUCGUGGUGAAAAGAAAGAAGAAGAUAGUUCCACAAGACAAGAAGGAUGUGAAGAGGCUGACAUGAGGCGCAAAAAUAGCGAAGCAUUUAAGACUCAAGUAAAUGCACAUGCUGCUAUAAUAAAAGGAAAAAUGGAACGAAAGAGAAAGGAAGCAUAUGAGAGAGAAAAGAAAAUGUGGGAAGAGCCUUUGAUGGCUAAAGGAGUAAAGAGUUCUGAUGUUUCCUCAGCUUUGGGGCAGCAUGAAACAGGUGGCUCUCCGUCAAAACAACGUAUGAGUACUGCUGUUUCUAUUUCUAUGACUUCAGCUUUGAAAGAAGUGGGUAUGGACAGAAGUUUAAUUGAUAUAAAGGAAACCACAGAAGAAAUGCAGAAGACCAACAGUGCUAUUUCAAGUAAGAGAGAAAUAUUACGAAGAUUAAAUGAAAAUCUUAAAGCUCAAGAAGAUGAAAAAGGAAUGCAGCAUCACUCUGUUACUUCUGAUAUACUUCCUCAUGAAGAGCAUGAAAAAGAAAAGCCGAUUUCAUCUGAUCGCAAAAAGUGGGAAGUAGGAGGUCAACUUGUGAUUCCUUUGGAUGAGUCAACACUGGAUUCAUCCUUCUCUGCAACUGAAAAACAUACAGUGGGAGAGGUUAUUAAAUUAGAUCCUAAUGGAUCUCCAAGGAAAGUCUGGGGGAAAAGCCCAACUGAUUCUGUUCUAAAGAUACUUGGAGAAGCUGAAUUGCAGCCUCAGACAGAACUAUUGGAGAACUCCAUUGUUAGAGAUGAGAUUACUCCUGAAGGGGAUGAGUGCAAAGAUUCAGUUAUUGGAGAAGAAAAAAUGCGGUGUAUUUCACAGGAAGUAAAUACAUCAGCUGUUGGUUCUACUCUUGAGACAGAAAGUUCAAAGUUUAGUGUGACUUCCCUACAGCCAAGAGAAAAUUUAGAAGAACCUGAUGAUUUGGAAACAGAAGUUCUACAAGAGCCAAGUAUGACAGAGAAAGAUGAGAGCUUGCCCUGUGCUGUUACUGAUGUCUGGGUUACUGAGAAAAAAGAAACAAAGGAAGCUGAGUUGGAAAACAGGACCACCACUCAGAAUAAUGAAGUGUCUGAAGAUGAUAGUCCAAGGAAUGUGGGCCCACUUAAUGAAGUUCAUAUAGAACCUGGAACAGAUGAUCCUACAAACUCAAAAUGUGAUGUAGAUAAGUCUCUGCAGCCAGAACCCUUCUUCCAUAAGGUGGUUCAUUCUGAGCUCUUAAAUGUCAUCUCUCAAGGUCACUCCGUUCAUUGCUUUCCAGAAGAAUCUUUUCCACUCCGAUCUCGCUCUGAUUCACCUCCAAAAAUUAAAAACAAGAAUUCUUUGCUGAUUGGACUCUCAACUGGACUGUUUGAUGCAAACAAUCCAAAGAUGUUGAGAACCUGUUCACUUCCAGAUCUCUCGAAGCUGUUCAGAACCCUUAUGGAUGUUCCCACUGUGGGAGAUGUUCAUCAAGACAAUCUGGAAAUGGAUGAAACUGAAGAUGAGCACAUUAAAGAAGGACCUUCUGAUUCUGAAGACAUCGUGUUUGAAGAAACUGACACGGAUUUACAAGAGCUUCAGGUCUCGAUGGAACAGCUUCUUAGGGAACAACCUGGUGAGGAAUACAGCGAGGAGGAGGAAUCUGUCCUCAAAAACAGUGAUGUGGAGCACACUGCAAAUGGGACAGAUCUGGUAGAUGAAGAUGACAAUCCCAGUAGUGAAAGUGCCCUGAAUGAAGAAUGGCACUCAGACAACAGUGAUGGUGAGAUCACUAGUGAGUGUGAAUAUGAUAGUGUCUUUAACCAUUUAGAAGAACUGAGACUUCACUUGGAGCAAGAGAUGGGAUUUGAAAAAUUCUUUGAGGUUUAUGAGAAAAUAAAGGCUAUUCAUGAAGAUGAGGAUGAAAAUAUUGAGAUUUGUAAGACAAUGGUUCAGAAUAUUUUAGGAAAUGAGCAUCAGCAUCUGUAUGCCAAGAUUCUGCAUUUAGUCAUGGCAGAUGGAGUUUAUCAGGAAGAUAAUGAUGAAUGAUAGAGCAUUCUUAGUUCUCCACUAUAUGAAAACAUUUGGAUUUGGCUCAUCAGAACAACAAGCUUCAGUGGGAAAUAUCAAAUUUAAGUUGGGCGUGCUUAAUGCAUGAAAAAGGUGGCAAAGAGCAUUUUCAAUCAACAUUCUGGUAUUUUACCUGCUAUGUUUGGUUUAUUGAGUUCUAUAGUUUAAUCCUAUAGAAUAUGUACUUUAUUGAAUCACCAAACCAAAGCAUAAG